GAAAAAGUUUUGCUACUUUUGUUCAUUUGAACACUGAUUCAAAAUGAGGGCAUCUCUGUUCGCCUGCAGUGCCAUUGCUAGUGUUGUUGUUGCGCAACAGCCUGCCUGGGCCCAAUGUGGAGGGCAAGGAUAUACUGGCGACACUAGUUGUAUUUCCGGGUAUACAUGUGUCACGCUCAACGCCUGGUACUCUCAAUGCCAAGUCAGCUCUGCCACGACCUCAUUGGUCACCGUGACCAAGACCACUGCUACAGCUACAGCAACUUCCUCGUCAGGAGCUACGAUCAAAGACGUCCAGUUCCUUGGCAGAGUCAACCCUGCAACCAAGGAGCUGAGUUGGUCGGGCACCGGUAUUGCUUUCACCUUCAAAGGAACGUCUGCUUCUAUCGGUUUGAGUUCAUUGUGGGGCACCAACAGCGCUGAUUUGGUUGUUGAUGAUGGGGAGCCUAUUGUUAUUGCCGACGUCUCAGGCAGUUCCAUAUCGACUCCUGCCGGGCUAUCCAGUGGCACGCACACUGUCGUCCUGCGCAAGCGUUCGGAGGCUCAGAUGGGCUCGAUAUACAUUGGCGAUGUGACGACCAAUGGCGUUGCUGGAACCUAUGCCGCUCCGACUCGCCGUAUCGAGAUCAUCGGAGACUCCAUCAGCGUUGGCUAUGGUCUCGACGGCACACUCCCGUGCACGAACAAUGCGUCCGUCGAGGAUGCUCCCAAGACAUACGGCGCAUUGGCUGCUGAGGCGCUUGAUGCCGACUACAGCAUCAUCGCCUGGAGCGGCAAGGGUCUAGUCCGUAACAUCGCAACUGGAUCUGUCGACACCAGCCCGCUCAUGCCGGAGCUCUGGACUCGAUAUGGCGGCAACGAUGCAGACAACAGCUACACCUUCCCCUCUGGAUCCGUUCCUGACGCUGUUGUGAUAAAUCUUGGCACCAACGACUUCAGCUAUCUCAGCGCUCGUGAUCCGAUUGAUGCGUCCGUGUAUGAAGCUGGAUUGGUGGAUUUCGUCCAGACCAUCCAAGAGCAUUACCCGAAAGCAGAGUUUUUUCUCCUGAACUCUCCGAUGCUGAGCGACACCUGGCCCACGGCGGAAGACGCGCAGAAAACAACACAGACCAACGCCAUCGAGGCUGCCAUCGCCGAGCUCAACGACACCAAGGUUCAUUUUGUCGACUGGCCUACCCAAGGCUCGGACGUAGGUUGCGAUUAUCAUCCCAAUGCUGCCACCCAUGCAGCGGAGGCAACGGUUCUGGCUGACGCUAUAAGUGCGGCGCUGGGAUGGUGA